CUGUCUUUCUUAGUCGGCAAGUCAAUUCUGGCAGCCUUGUGCCUUAUCACAGCCGUCUUUUCUUCUCCUCCUGACUCUGUUUUUUUUUUUUUUUUUUUGUUUUUGUUUACAUUGCUCUUGUCAUGGUAGGUAAGCAACAGUAUUUGUUAAGAUAAACCCACAUCUGCUUUGUGCAACUUUUUGUGAUGGAGGAAAAACUGUGAGAAAGGAAUAAAAAUAGGUUUAUGUUGAUAUACUGCAUAUUUAAAGUUUAAUAUAUUGUAUUUGACACUAAAAAAUAUACCAUUCAUGCUCAAUAUAUAAUGCACUUAAAAGGAUUAUAUCUGUAAAAAUAAUUCAAAAUUAUUUGUACAACAGAUUUUAGAGAAUUUGGUGGAAAGACAAAUUUCGUUUACUUACUAAAUAUCAGUAGGAAUUGUUUCACAUUUGCUAGGUUAAUAUUUGUUCUUUUGUUUCUGUCUGAAAGCCUGUAGCUGCUCAGGAGUCUUUAUUUGCAGUUGUCUGAUUCUUUUCAAAAAGCAAAGGCGUUUUGUUUUGCUAAAGGAUCACAAAUGUUAAACACGUUUUAAUGGUGCCAUACACUUACUAGUACACAGUUGGUGUACUGUACAAAAACAAAGCUGAGUGCUCAAACCCAGUCACUACAGUCUGGCUUAUACUCCUAACUGUUUGCACAGAUAAUGAUGGGAGUAAUUAAUCUAUUUUUUAAUUAGAAAAUGUUAUAAAAUUAUUAUUUAUUAUUAUUGAAACAAUUGGCACCGUUCAGUUUCUUGCAUGCCUCUUCAUCCUGUGCAUCAAUCCAAAGUUCAUUGUAACAAAGCGUACAUCUCAGGAGCACACAUCAGACUCUUCGACCCAACCCCUCCCAUACUCACACAUCACACCCACACACAAUUUAUCUACUAUGAUAGACGGCCCGAGAGAUCAGCUCAUGCUCAGAGAUGCUGGCUAUGGACCAGUGAAGUUGUUAGUAGUCACCAUGCACUGUAGACUCUAGACUGUAGAAGCAUGCUGUGUAUGCACAGUACACUGUGGUUCAAGUGAUGUCAGAGAGGCCUCUGGAUUUAAGUAGGUUUUAGUGUGUUGUGGGUAAUCCCUUUGUAGCCAACACCUUGGGCCAGACAACUGGGCCUACCAAUAGCAUUCAACAGGCCACUGGAUUAGGGUGUCUGUUUCCCUCCUCCCCUCUUUCUGUUUUCAGAAUAAUUCCUUUACCGUCAGUUUUAGUUUGGAACACAAGCAUGACGACACACACAAGCAUGAUACCUGCUGUAGAGUGGAUUACAUCCUCGCCUUAAAGGUGUGUUUUUCGUGUCCGACUGACUGUGUAUGUGUAUGUGUGUGUAUACACUCUCCGUGUCAUCUUAUUCUUCUGUCCUUGUAGAUUUCUAAUGUUUCCAGGGCUGAAUUAUUUAGAUAUGUUGCCAGCAGGGAGCUACAUGAUAGCGCAGCCUUAAGAGCGAGGGAGGAGUUGGGGAGAGUGUGCAGCUGCGGAUCAGGUGAGGGGCACCUCGCGCACCUCACCUUUUCUGCUCCCCUCUCCUCACUCCUUCCUUUUGAUUGGGAGUGAGUGUAACCAGAGAGUUGAAACACAACACCUGGCUCUAUUUUCUGCUUUCAUAGCUGUCUGCAUUAUUGUCUUCACUGAUGCCUAACUCAAGUGAGCAGUCGCACUUUGGUGGCUCUCUGGGCCCUCACCACAGUGCUGAAUGGAUAGAAGGCCAGAAUCAGACGGCGUCAAGUCGUUGUCAUUAUUGUGGCACCGUUCCAGGGCGUAGGAAUUCUUUAGCCUUGGGUGGAGGAGACGGUGGAGUGAGGUUUCACCAUCACGUAAGUCUCAGUGAGAAAAGGGAUCCAUUUCUUCAGACUUCUGUGACCCGACAGAAUGGUCAAGGACUACAGUUGCUAAGGAAAAACUCUGUACCUGAUCUAGGCAGCAGCCUCAACCUCAGAAAAACCAUGGUAAGCUCUGCACCGUCUCUGGAUUAUUACCUGGCUGACUCUACCUUUUCAGGGCACCAACCUGAGGAGUCUGGGUUUUAUAGGGAUAAUCAGCACCUGCUCACCAGAUCAGCAUCGCUUUAUGGGCAAGGCCCAAGAGGGUUGAGGCCUGCUUGGGAUCGAGCCACACCUACUGGACCAGCCUCUGCUUCUACGCCUAACCCUGUGCCUCCUCCCCCUCCCCCCCCUCCCCCCCUUCAUGAGCUGAGCCGUUUGUACAGGGAAGCUCUGGGAUCUAAGAUGAUCCCAGACGUUCGGCGUAUUUGCGACAGCUCUCCUGCUGCUGGAGUCUACAGGGUCCAAGCCCCUCUUCCGCUUUACCCUUCAGAACUACCGUCUUUUUUGGGCCAUCAAGCUUUCAACAAUAUAAACAGCCUGCCUUUGGAUUCUUAUCAGCCCGUUGCCACCAGUUCUGUGGUGGAUCCAGCAUCCCAAGGAAUGGACGGAGCUCUUUCACGGUCUUAUGGCGCCAUAGCCUCCCAGCGAUUGCCUUAUGACCCACACUAUGACCCAAGUUCAACCAUGGUGGCUAAUACAGCAGGAGUAACCUCCAGCCUGCCUCUUCACCAUCCUAGUGCGACAGACCCUAAGAAGAUGGUGGACCCUGCUUUCCUGGCUUUUUUGCGAGCUGAAGGUUUGGCUGAAAGCACAAUCACUCUACUGUUGCAACAUGGCUUUGAUUCAACAACUACCCUGGGGAUGAUGGAAGAUCAUGAUAUUCGCUCUGUGGCCCCAAAUUUGGCCCAGGCCCGUGUACUGUCCCGCGUUGUGCUUGGUUGCAAGACAGGUGGGACAUUGGGACGUACAAGAUCCAACAGCUUCAGCCAUCGUAACGACCUCUACAUGCAGCCCCAGGGUUUAACUAUGGACCCUGGUUUGAUGCAGCAGAGUUCCACCAACAUGCAGACAGUGUCCCCCAGGAUGGGAGAAUUUCUCGGCAGAAGACCAAGUAGCGCACCAUCCCAACAUCUCCUGGAGACCACCAGCUACCCAGGGACACGGCCCAUGGCAGGUGGAGCUUUUCCAAUAAGCCCUGGAGGAUACAACAAUGCUGUGACACAGGGAAGACCCUUCUCUAUGUACAACGCCCACACUGGCCUUGCCAUGUCUGCUCUUGGACACCAGGCUCCACCAGCUCCGGGCACCCCUGGAGCAGCCCCUAAAACCUUUUCUGGCUCCUAUUCUCCCAUGGAGCUGAUGAAGAGACCCCACAAUAUUCCUCCCUCGUCACCAAUAGCAAUGUCAAGCCCUAUCCACAGCCCCCAACUACUCCGGAAAGGAAUGGGUGUUUCUCAUGAGAAUACCAUGGCUCCUGUGACUUCUACCUCUGCUCUACAUGCACAAAAUCUUAAUAACUCCAAGAUGCAAGGGCGUCGCACUGGUCCACCUGUUAUUGUCCCAACCAUGGUUACCCCGCCUGACACAAGUAAUGUGAAACCUCAUUUGUCUUAUCUGUUACCUUAUGCCAUCUCCUACAAAUAACUAAUUUUAUUUUAUUUUUAUUUUAU